GGUAAGAACGAUUCAUCAUUUGACAAUCGCACCUAUGGUCGAUAGUUCCCGUCUAAAGCCGUCGUACUGGCAGGAUCGACUCAGCGAGUUACCUUACGAAUUGAUUCUUCAUAUCCUCUCUUUCAUGCCGCUGAGCGAUGUCGUUUUGACAACCCUAAUCUCCAAGCGCUGGAAAUCCUUUGCUGCACCAUUGUUGAGUGUUGAGUCUGUAGAAUUUAAAGAUUGUGAUAUUGAAUGGAACAGAUUAGUAGAUGCUCUUCAGUUUCUUCCCAACUUAAGUUUGCUAGUCAUUAAGUGCGAUAACAACACGUUAUCAAGAAUGCAGCCACUGCAUUUGAAGACAGACCACUCCCCCAAGUCCUUUCGUCUGAGGAAUGUUGAUAUCACUUUGGAUGAGAAGUUGAUGCUCCUCCCACUUGUAGCGUUUCUGUUGGGAAAUUCUCCGGUGCUUGACAAGAUUGUGAUCCGGCUGUCGGGCAGUAGUUCACAUUCACUAGAAUAUUGCAUUCUGGUGGCAGAGACAUUGUUGAAUAUGCCGAGGUCCUCCCCAACUGCAACAAUUUCCGUCUUCGAUGGCUUUACUCAGUAGAUUAAUGCUUUUGGUAAAGCACGUUGAAGCUGCACUGGGGUAAUGUUGUUGUUGUUGGUAAAGCGUGUUGUUGGUCAUGUGUGGCUAUAUAUGGUUUUCUUGGUCAUGUGCAUUAGUUCUCUCGAUCCUUUGUUAUUCUUGUUCUUGUUGUUUAGUUUGGGCAAGGAUUGUGGUUCAUCAAAUUUACUAAUAAAAUAAAUUAUUCAAAGUUGAAUCUACUUGCACUAUAGGGUUUUGGUUAAUGAUUGAAUAUUCUUGGCAAAGAAAAUGUCUUUUUUAUUCUUAAAUGCAACCUGAGUGGCAACUU